GCCUCCCUUGCUAGGUUAAAGUUGCCGCCUACUCCCUCGGAAUUAAAAGGGCCCGCUGCCUUCCCCAAGUUGGUUUGAAGGCGAGGGGUGUUGGUUGUGGACUGCACCUUGUCAUGGGACCUGUGCGGUUGGGAAUGUUGCUUUCCUUUUUGACUGUGUACGUCCCAGCUUCGCCUGGGACACCGAAGGAAGACGAUGACACAGAACGCUUGCCCAGCAAAUGCGAAGUGUGUAAGCUGCUGAGCCUGGAGCUACAGGAAGUGCUGAGACGUACUAGCCGAUCUCGAGAGGUGCUGGAACUGGGGCAGGUGCUGGACACAGGCAAGAGGAAGAGAAACGUCCUUUACAGCGUUUCAGAGACAAGGCUAGAAGAGGCCCUGGAGAAUGUAUGUGAACAGAUCCUGGAUUACAGUGUUCAUGCUGAACGCAAGGGCUCACUGAGAUAUGCCAAGGGGCAGAGUGAGACCAUGGCAACACUGAAAGGCCUGGUGCAGAAGGGGGUGAAGGUGGAUCUGGGGAUCCCUCUGGAACUGUGGGACGAGCCCAGUGUGGAGGUCACUUUCCUCAAGAAGCAGUGUGAGACAAUGCUGGAGGAGUUUGAAGACGUCGUGGGAGACUGGUACUUCCACCAUCAGGAGCAGCCCCUACAGCGUUUUCUCUGUGAAGGUCAUGUGCUCCCAGCUGCUGAAACUGCCUGUCUACAGGAAACUUGGACUGGAAAUGAGAAGAUCACAGAUGGGCAAGAAAAGACAGGAGGGGAGAAGGAGCAAGAUCAAGAAGAGGAAGAGAAGGAAAAGGAAGAAGAGAUGACCAACAUACCAGGCCACCCCAAGCAUGACCCAGAGGAUCUUUGACCCUUGCUUUUGAGUAUCCACAAAAGACAGGGGUCAUAAAGAACACUCUGAAGUCUGAGCUCUCCCUGCUCUACAGCUUUAAGGGUGUGUGUGUGUGACCCACCCCAGAGCUUGUAAUUGUUCUCUCCCAUCUGGUCUCAGCCAAGAUCCUGAUGGUACUGCAUGGUUUGGCUAUUGGGAGAGAGGUGUGAACAGUAGGUGGUCGCCUUACCCCAACAGAUGAGCCCUCUGCCUGCCUUCUAGCCCCUUAAUUGUAGGUAUGUGUGGAGACAGUGUUGAAGGCUUUUCCCUUUAAAUAUUUUUACUACUCCCAACCUACCCAGAGGUCAACAAUGGCAUAGGAGUUGUGGGCCUUGGGAAGGGCACUUUGCCUUUUUUAGACCCUUACAACGAGGAAGCCAAAAGGGCAUCAUCUACGACUUAUAUACAUACACCACCUGCGUCCAGGAGGCUACAUGCCAACAAACUGACCAAGGAUGGGGAUGGGGUAAUGCUGAUGUUAGGUGGGGUAGAUACUUGGUCUACUUCAUAUUAAUUUCACCGAGAGCCUACUGCAUAGUCACAGGUGCCAAAUUUUCUAUAGUGCUAGUAAACUUAAAAAAAGAAAAAA